AUGAUAAACGAAACAGAAAGAAUAAAACUAAUACUUGCAAAGGAAUUAUUAAAAUGUCCAGCUGAUGACCUUAAAGAUACUGCUAUCAGAGAUAAAAUCGAAGAUGCUGCAAGAACAAUUGAAUUGUGUCCCUUUGAACUUACAAUAUUUGGUCUAUUUGGUCUUAAUAUGUCGCUGCCUCUUUAUUUUAUUAAUCUUUGCACCGCUACCAUCACUUGGUUUAUACUUCAGUUUGGUAACAUAAUUAAUCUCACCAUACGGUGUAUUAUUACUGAAAUAACAUGGAAGCUGAUGAAGGUACUCCGUGUGUCAUUUGAGGACAAGAUUCUAAAGCAAAACGAACAAAAACCAAACGAUAUUGAAGAAACUAUUAACAUUUAUAACAAGAUAUUCAAUACCUUCAAUAUUGCUGGAUCUUACUUCAAAUACUAUGUAUUAAGGGACUUUUUAAGUGCCUUCGUAUCUGUCAUUUCUGCUACUGUAGGAGUUUCCAAUGACAAGGCGGAACAAAUGCAUCACUUCGUGACAAUUAACGCUGCUACAAACAUAAUUAUAGCGUGUAUCCCGUGCACAUUGAUGCAGGCGUUGAUAAACGAGGCUGAGAAAAUAAAAGUGAUACUCGCAAAGGAAUUGCUGAAAUGUCAAUCGAACGAUGAAUCCAUUGCCGAGCAAAGAAUCAGAGAUGCGUUGAUAUAUAUUGAAAGACACCCAGCAAAACUCACAGUUCUUCACCUCUUCAGCCUUGACAUGUCUCUGCCUCUGGUUUUUAUUAACCUGUGCACCACGUAUGUGAUAGUCACGCUACAAUACACAAAAAUAUUGUAA